AAAGCUGAAUUAUAUUUGGUAACACUGACUGUCUCAGAGUUGAUGGCGUCGUUUGCUUUUUCUGUGAUGUAUUUAGUGUAUAAAUUAGUUUCAACACUUUGUUGUGACAUAAUGAUAUAAGUAAUUAAUACAAAAUUAGAAUGCUAACAAUAUUUUAUGUGCAUAUUCCAAUAUUAUAGUGAUAAUGGCUACUAAAACCAUGGAAUGGCGACCGGGCCCCACGGUUUGUCGGUGUUGUCUAGCAGAGGGUUGUUAUAAAGACAUUUCUACAGAAUAUUUUUGGAUGGGAAAGCGGGAAGUGUAUGCCGAAAUGCUGUCGGAAACGUUUAGUGUUAGCAUUGCUUACUCAACGGCGGGUGGGCCGAACAGUAACAGUAGGCUCAUCUGCGAGCCAUGUAUAUCACGGCUGCGAGACGCAUCGGAGUUCAAGCGGCAAGUGCAGGAGUGCGAGAAGACAUUCAUGCAGCACCUGGACCCUGGCAGCUCAUCGGCUCUCGGCUGUGAUGGUAACAUGGUAAACAUAGAACCUGAAGAUGUCAAGGUGGAAGCGGUGAAGGUGGAGUCCCGGCUGUCGGACGACGAGUUCGACGACCGGGUCGACUUUGGCGAUGAUGAUGACGACGACCUUGACGACGAGCCCCUCACAAAGUUCGCAACGAAAGUGCCCAAAAAAGAAUCGGUCGACAUCCUAGACUUGCUGGACAACUCGAAAGCGGCCGAGAAAAGGAAGUCCAGCACGAAAAUCAAGGCGACACCGGCGAAGAAGACGAAAAAGGAAGCACCCAAACCGACCAGUAGCAAACCUAAACCGGAGAAGAAAAAGAAAGGGCCGAGAAGAAAAAUUGACGGAAUUAAAAAGAAAGAGAAUAAGCCAAAAAAGCGGCUGUUCGAAAGAUCAGUAAACCAGAACCCGCAGCGGCAAAACGCUGUUCUCGUACUAAAACAUUCCACGGCCUUUCCGUUUAAAACCCGAUUUAAUAGAAUCGUAUGUUCCUAUUGUCACGACGAAUUCGAACCUAUGGCAGCUCUGAGAAAUCACAUCAAGGCAGAUCACUCGAAUGCUGACCACAAUAGUGCGUUUUACAAAGUCGUUGACGAUUUAAAAAUAGACAUAACCGAGUUAAGAUGUAAUAUUUGCUCACAAGAUAUCCAAAAUGUAGAUAUACUAAUGAGUCACUUGUCCAAGGAUCACGGGAUAUCAGUCAAUUUCAAUGUACCUUUUGGUGUGUUACCGUAUCGGCAGGGACCUACGGGACUGUGGAUGUGCCUCGACUGUGAUAAAACGUUUGCGGAAUUCUCACAAAUCAACGGACACUUGCGUAGUCACGUGAAGAUAUUUACGUGCGACAAAUGCGGGGCAACGUUCUUGUCUGAACACGGACUGCGGCAACACGAAAGAAACUUUAGGUGCUACAAGUCCUCCUAUAAACCCCGGUUCGGGAAAGCGUUGAAACACCGCAGCAAUACUGAAAUUAUUCUACAAUGUUCCACGGCUUCUCCGUUCAGAACUUGGGGACAAAAUUUCAACUGCGUCUUUUGUCGGGUGCAAUCGAACGAUCCGAAUGGUUUGCGUACACAUAUGGCGGCGCGUCACGCAAAUUUUGAUAUACAACUCGUGUUUAGCAGAAAACUGCGGAAAGAGUUCCUUAAAAUUGACAUAACAGAUCUUCAGUGCAAACUUUGUUUCAUGCCAAUAGACAGUUUGGACGAUCUGAUGGCGCAUCUGAAGAACGAUCACAAGCAACCGAUAAACGCUGACGUCGAGCCCGGUGUGCUACCGUUCAAGUUGAAUGACGGUUCGUGUUGGAAAUGUGCCAUAUGUAAAAUACAGUUUUCCGAUUUUAUAUCGUUGAAGAAGCACACGUCCGAGCAUUUCCAGAACUACGUAUGCGAUACAUGCGGCGAAGGGUUUAUCACAGAAUCGGCAUUAAUCGCGCACACAAAAAUACCACACGAUAAUAAAUAUCACUGUAGCCGCUGCGUGGCCACAUUCUCAACCUUUGACGAGAGGAGUGUGCAUAUAAAAACUCAACACACCAAGUUACCUUAUAUGUGCGUUUAUUGCAAGGAGAAGCCUCGGUUUGCAACGUGGGAGCUUCGGAAGCGCCAUUUAAUGGAAUUCCACAAUUACAAACCGGGCGCCGAAAUGUACGAAUGCACCACUUGCCAUAUGACUUUCAAAACUAGAUCUCAGAAGUAUCAUCACAACGUGAAAGCUCAUCGCACGAAAAAAGAGACGGAAUACAGUUACCCAUGUGGUAGUUGUUCCAGAGCGUUCGCUUCUAAAGUGUCGCUUGAGAAACAUAUUACUAAAAAGCAUUUCCAUGUAUGAUAGUUUCAACUGUCUCAUUGCGGAACUAACAUUUUAGAUUCGUUGCAUGAUGUAUAAAUUCUAAAAGUAUUUACAUUAAAAUAUUGAAAAAAUAUGGUGUAAGAAAUAACAAAGGGUUUGUUUAGUAAUCGUAAACUCGGUGAAUAAUACAAAAUUCAAUAGGACAAUAUGAAAAAGGCACGACGUGUGUGACUUACAUCUGUGAUUAGAUAUACAUUUCUCUACAUUUAUAAUUCAGAUAUUAGUUUUUACUUCCUAUCGUUAAACGAUAAUGCAAUCUCAUCAAGAAAUCUCAUGGUAAUAUGGCUAAAAUUGUCUUGUUUUAAUACUAAAACAUUAUCCAGUUAAUAAGAUCAAAUCGUAGAAAUUAAAUUUUAGAAACCAUUUCAAAUCCGAAUAGAAUGUUCUAGGCCAGUAUUCAUUGUUAUAUAUUUAUUGUAUUCUUAACAAAUGGUUCCAAACUUGUAUUGACUGUGAAUUUGAUAAAAAAAAUACAGCGAGUAUUUUUAUGUAUGCCAUAUCUUCGCCAAUUCUAAACCAAUUUUGAUGGUUCAUCCAUUAAUCAAUGCUUUUUUAUUUUAUUUUUCAAGAACAUUCUAACCUUUUGGAAACCAUAUUUUUUGUUGUUAAUCAAGUAUAAAUUUUUUUUUGGUACAAUAGCUUUGUGUCAUUAUCAGUCUACUAUAAAAUUGUGAAAAAAAAUUUUAAGAGACAAAUAAUUCUAGCUAAACAUUCGUAUAUGCUAAAAGCAUAUUCUGCUUCAUUUAGAUUAUGUAUUUGACCUACUGAUUAUGUAGGCGUCUCUACAGUUUCUAUUUCAUUAUAAACGGUCAAGCGGAUUGAGUCGGAUGGCCAUCUAUUACUUACUUGUAAGACGGAGCUGCCACUUUUUCAUCCGCUCGAGCCGGAUUCGAGAUCGGAUUCGAGCCGCUUGACCAUCUAUGGAGUCCUUAAGCGCAGAAAUUUUCGAUAAUUUACUUGUAAUGUUUUUUUAAACCUUUUCGAGAUAAGGAUACAUAUUGUAUUACUAGCUGUAUCCCUCGGUUUCACCCGCGUAAAUCAUUAUAUAAAGUGUUUCUUAUGUUUUAAAUUGUGAUAUAACCUAUCGGUGUCUCAAAUUUCAAUCGAAUCGGUUGAAUUGUUUUUGCGUAAGCAAACAUCCAACCUCACAAACCUUGGCAUUCAGGAUAUCGUGUAAACGAAUUUAUUCAUUUUUUAUUCCACAUGUAAGUCGACAUUUGGAUAUAUUUUUAACACCAACAAAUCCUAUGCUCAUCUUAGAUUAUACAGAUAGAGCAUCGAGUCUCAAAAACGGGUCAACUGUAUGUUAGCUAAUUGUCAAAUUAGCUGACUUAUUUUUUUUUAUCAGUGUUCUAUAUAUUUACGUACAUAAUAUAUCAUGACGUAUCUAUAUUUAAUUAUUUCAUAAAUAAAAUGACUUUUUACGCAUUAAAAAUGUGCAAAGUUAUAAAACAAAAUAUAUAUAGAAGUUAUUUAUAAAAGACACCAACAAUAUGCUCACAACAAUUAAGCAGAUGUACAAUGUUAUAAGUAAGUAAAAAGUGAAAAACUACUAUUAAAAAAUGCUUAAAUCUAAGUUUACUUGAACGAAAACAUCUCACUCCUCACUACCAAGCUUAAGGCCAUAUGAACACAUCAAUUAAAGGUGUAUACAGCUCUCACAGAUAAACGUCAAUGUGCACUAAGUGACAGUUAUACACUUAGAGAAGACUUAACUACCAAUCCAAGUUAUAAAGGAAUCACUCGUAACUAUUGAUCACGCAAGAUUGUAACAACAAGUUGACCCGCUUUUUUCAAAGCAUUUGUAUGGUGACAUUCUUAUCUGCAUAGUCUAAAAUGAUAUUGUUUUUAUCCAUUUAUAUGCAUAAAGUGAAUAAUUUAGAUCUAGCAAUAUUAGAAUUGAAAAAUUGUAAUAUUUUAAACUGUAAGAUACAAAAUAAAUUAUAUUUAUUGUGAAAAUAUAAUAUAUAUUAAGAACACGAUAGCUGGGUUUUAAUUAAAUAUCGUAUGAAUAGUAAUCAUGGUCAUCAUCAACAUAUCAGCCGUCAGCUGUUCACUGUUGAGCAUAGGCUUCCACCUAGGGGAGGUUUUGCCAGUAGGUGCCACGCUGGACAGGCUGGCUGGCAACCACAGUUAGGCUUUGGGGAUGUUUUAAGAGAGACGCUGCAGCCCAUCUCUCGAUUAUUGUUAAGAGGUGACUAAGGCCUCUUACGACACCCACGGGAAAGGAAGGGGUGGCCUAUUCUAUGCUGGGACUACACAUCAUCAUAUCAGCUGUUAACUAUCCACUUUUGAACUCAGAUCUCCCAUUUGGGGAUUAUCUCAGUAGUUGUGGGUUGGUAACCGCAGUUCGGUUUUAGUGAUAUUUUAAUGCAAAUAAUCUUACUGGUUAAGAAUAGUAAAUACCAUUGCGUUCACACAGCAUCAUCUAAUCUUAAAUUAAAUAGAACUUGUACUAACUUGUACUUAUACUAAGUAUCCUCUGCUCCCUGUCGAGGUUUUUCCAAGACACUACGGCGUGGGGUUCUUCAGAGAAGGGGUAAAGAGAUUUCUUCAG